UCUGUCAGCACCGGGUUUUGGCAACAAAAUGAAAAACUGAAGACUGAGGGGUUCGGCUAGCCUAUGCCGGGAUGGAAAAACCAAAUCCAACUUACCCGUAGUGUUUCCCUUUACCGUAGUUUUACCCCGAAAAUGUAAAUCAUCACUCUAAGUGGAACAUUAAUGUGUGAACUAUCCGCCAAUCUCCCACAAAAGUAUCGUAAUGUCUUCCUUGCGCCAAAAAGCAAUAAUUCAGUAUGCCCUCCUUAUUGCUGCCUCUGUGCUAUCGUACGGCGGUGCGCUUUACGGUACGUUCGUAUAUGACGAUUCGGCCGCGAUUGUAAAAAACAUGGACGUGCGCAACGUAGCCACACCGUUCCGAUCACUGUUGCGGCAUGACUUUUGGGGCAACAAUCUAACGGACCCGACGAGCCAUAAAUCCUUCCGCCCGCUAACAGUGUUAAUCUAUCAACUGGAAAACCGUCUGCUUGGGUUGAACGCUGGACACAUGAAAAAAGUUAACUUCCUGCUGCACACGAUCGUUUGUCUCCUGGUGCUGAAACUCUAUCAAACCCUGGGUCGAGAUACUGGCACGUUUAGGACGUCAUUUUGGGCUGCUUUUCUGUUUACCGUACAUCCGGUACACACCGAGGCAGUGGUUGGAAUUGUUGGACGAGCCGAUCUGCUGGCUACUAUCGGAUACAUAAUGGUACUCUUACUCUACCAGCGAUGGAUAACGAAUGGCAGGCGAUUUUGUUACUUGGUAUACCCAGGUCUCUUCCUGCUUACCGUAGCGUCGAUGUUCUUCAAGGAAACUGCCAUGACAGCGCUUGUUGCCUGUGCUGCGAUCGAUGUGCUAAAGAGGAUCAACUGGGAUAGCAACAAAUCUACGGUGCGAGAAUUUCUAAGUAUCCAGAGAUCGUGCUUAAUAAGAGUGGCAAUUUUAGCCCUUCUUUCGAUCGCCACGCUUGUACUUCGAUUAUGGAUUAUGGGCUUCGAAAGUCCUCGGUUCCAUCGUAUGGAUAACCCAGUCGGGGCGAGUAAUAGCACCGUGACAAGAAUACUCUCUCAGAGCUACCUUUACUGGUUAAACUGUUGGCUCCUGCUGUGUCCCGAUUGGCUUAGCUUCGACUGGGCUUUUCACUCCGUUCCGCUGGUGGAAACCCUUUUCGAUCCCAGGAUGCUGCUGGUUCUGCUGCUGUAUGGCAGUAUCUUGCUGCUAGUCUUCCAUCCAUCCACAUUCAAAUCCAAGGAUAUAAAACUAUCUCUAGCCCUGGCAACCAUACCCUUCCUGCCAGCUUGCGGUGUCGUACGUGUUGGAUUUGUGAUCGCCGAACGGCUGCUCUACCUACCCUCGGUUGGCUUCUGUUAUCUCAUCGCGACCGGCUGCCGCCGACUGAUACAACGUUCCAUCGUGUUCUACCUUCCAUUAUGCUUACUUUGCACAGCGUUCAUCCUUAAAACGCAAUCCCGUGCGUAUGAAUGGACGUCGGAUGAUUUAUUGUUUCGCUCAGCGUUACGAGUAUGCCCGCGGAACGCCAAGGUGUACUACAAUAUCGCCCGACUAGCAUCGGAUCAGGGCGACCGAGAAACGGCAUUCGCUUUCUACCGUCGUGCCAUCGAGCUGCACGGCGAGUACGAAGCGGCGCACAUGAAUCUUGGCAAUAUGUACCGGGAAGCACACGAUCUCGAUCGGGCUGAAUGGCAUUUACGAAAGGCAAUUGAGAUACACGAACCGUUUCCGGCCGCCUGGAUGAAUCUCGGAAUAGUACAAGCAGCACAAAAGAACCACGCGGCAUCGCUGAUCAGCUAUCAUCGAGCACUCGAACUCAAUCCGAACUAUCCUAACUGUUUGUACAAUUUGGGUAAUUUGUAUAUAGAUAUGCAAAAUUCUUCGAUGGCACUACGGUACUGGCGUGAAGCGAUCCAGCAAAACCCCCGCCACAGUAGAGCUUGGGCGAACAUUCUGGCACUGUAUGAUAACCGAGGUCGCACGGAAGAUAUUAUACGCACAUCAGAGCUGGCACUAACAUUCCUACCGAACGAUACCGCGAUCCUGUUUAUCCGCGCCAAUGCAUUCGGUAAACUCGGCCAGUACGAAACGGCUGAGGGACUCUAUCGGCAGAUCAUUGCAGCCCGGCCCGAUCACGCGGUUUAUCGGGCUAAUCUGGGUGUGCUCUAUCACCGGUGGGGCCAACGGAACUCGCAAGCGAUCGAGCAGUAUCAGGCGGCAUUGCGAUUGAAUCCGAAUUUGCACAGUGCCAAAACGAACCUGCUCAAGCUGAUGGGUACAUCGUGAAAAAGUAUUUUCCCACAUAGUUUCCUUAUCGACUGAUGGCCAUCGAUGGUCAAUAAGUGUGACACACAAGCGAAGUGUGAAAUUUCCAUUGAAUGCAAUCCAAAUUUUCCUUCACGGGGUGAUUUUACCGACAAGAAUACAAAAUUGGUAGAAUAUUGAAACAUGUUUACAGUUUAGUAAACAUGUGUCGACGGUCAGUUUAAAAUAUUCCAACUCACAGGUUGUGGUGAGCAAUAUUGGGUGUCUGAAAUGAGCUGAUUAAGUAAAACUUACCAUUAUUUUCUACUAUUAUUAUUAAGAGAAUUUUAACCAUUUCAGCUCAGCAGCAUAUCAUACUCGAAACAAGCAAUAACUUAUACAUCGAAUGAAAAGCGAAUAAUGUAAUAAAAACCUAAUCACAAAUU